AUGGAGAGGAAUCUACAAGCUGCCAUUGGAGCAUACUAUGAUUUUGAGAGCCCAAAUAUCAAUGUACCAUCCAUGUCCUUUGUUGAAGAUGUCACCAUAGGUGAAGGAGAGUCUAUCCCUCCUGAUACCCAGUUUACAAAAACAUGGAGGAUACAAAACACAGGGACGGAGGCGUGGCCCCCAGGGGUUUGUCUGAAGUAUGUUGGGGGAGACCAGUUUGGCCACGUAAACAUGGUGAUGGUCAGGUCCCUGGAGCCCCAGGAGAUUGCAGAUGUCAGUGUUCAGAUGUGCAGCCUUUCAGGAAUGUAUCAGGGACAGUGGAGAAUGUGCACUGCCACGGGACUCUACUACGGAGAUGUCAUCUGGGUGAUCCUCAGCGUGGAAGUUGGAGGACUUCUAGGUGUAACACAGCAGCUGUCGUCCUUCGAAACGGAGUUCAACACGCAGCCACAUCGCAAGGUAGAAGGAAACUUUAACCCAUUCGCCUCUCCACAGAAGAACAGGCAACCAGAUGAAAACAACCUAAAAGACCCUGGGGGUUCCGAGCUAGGCACAAUCAGCAAAAACACAUGGGGGCCUGCUCCUGACCAAAUCGAACAAGAUCAGAAUGGACUGUCACAAAACUCUGUAAAUCUCUCCCCCAGCAGUCACUCGAACAACUUGUCGGUAGUGACGUACAGUAAGGGUUUCCACGGUCCUUAUCCCUUCGGACAGUCUUAAAACACACAAAACACAAAACGGGUAUCGACAA